AUGGGAAAUGAGCAAGCAUCAUCACAGCAAGCAUCAUCGAACACAAAGCCAAAUUGUCCUCGUUGUGGUCGUCACAGUCAAGUUCGUCCUGGUGUUGCUCUUGAUACUGAUGGUUAUGGUUAUGCUACCGGUGGAGGUUAUAUUGGCAGCAUGACGAAGUAUUGUUUUUUUAGAACUAAUGGUUUCGUGUAUGUAUGCGAGAACAGACACUGAUACAUUCGUCUUAUUUCUACUGUAAUGCUUCACUAUUUAAUUUGGAUAAUUUAAUAACAUAGUAUUCCAGAAAUCGCACUUUUCAGUUAACUGCUUUUCUUUUUAUUCGAACUUAUAAUCGGUAGCUAAGAUUGGUUUGAUAGAUACUUAAUGAAACUAAGAAUGCCAAAAACUAGUAGCUAUCUUGAGGGCAUGAUUCUUAGCAAACUAUAACAGACUUCGACCUCGCUCAAGGGUCUCAUCAGCUAGCUUUGAUUUCGUGAGAGGGGUGAAUGUCCAAAUAUAAAAUAAAGAGUGUUAAAAAUAAGUGAUCAUCUCACUCGUUCAAGGAAAUACAGAUGAAUUCAAAAGAAGUGUAACCAUAUAGAUGCCUCAACAAGUACGUAAGACUUGUCAGAGAGGUCCCAAACAAGGGAGCGACUCUAACGUUGCCCAUCUAACAGAGUGGGUGUGGCUAUGGGUGUGUGGAUAUCAACACAGCAUCUACACCCACACACUCAUCAAUCGAAAUAGCAUCCUCAUUUAACCGCGUAAUACACCUAAGGAUAGGACUAGAUAAGACUAUCAAAAGCCUAAAAGAGCUCGUCUUCACGCGCCUUUUGAGCGACGUUGGGACUGUUUCACUGAAUCAUCGACUAAUUUUAAUGUAUCCACUAUUAAACCAAAGAACGAUCUUUCAAACGGAAAUAUUACUGCUAGAUAGGUGCAAUGAUUUUAGGAAUAUGGUGUGUGGGUGUGGGUGUGGGUGUGGGUGUGGGUGUGGGUG